CGGAUUUGGAACUGCAAUUCUGCAUCCAAUCCUUCCUCUCCGCGCGCGAGUUAGUUUACCUUGCUUCGCUGCGAGCUUCACCAAUCCGGGAACGGAACAAUGUCGAUCAUGGAGCGGCGUUCUUCCUCCGACAGUGACGACACCAGGAGCUCCGCGGCGGCCGGAGAGGCUAGUGCCGUGGUGGCCAGCCUGAGCGACGACAUGAUGGCGGAGAUCAUCCGCAGGCUGCCCGUCGACUCCGUGGCGCGGUCCAAGUGCGUGUCCAAGGCCUGGUGCGCCACCGUCUCCGACGGCUACCUCCGCCGCAGGCUCCCGCUGCAGCUGUCCGUGGUCUACUUCCCCGACGACGACGACGCCGCCGCCUCAGCCCGCGGCAAGGCGCGGCCACGGUUCGCGUGCGCGGACUCAGCUGCCGGCGGCGGCGGGAUGCUCCGGGACCGGGACCUCGGCUUCUUCCCGUUCCUCGACGUCUCCGUCGUCUCCGACGCCUGCAACGGCCUGCUCCUGCUCCGCGCCGCCGGCACCAGAAGGUUCUACGUCGUGGACCCCGUCACGAGGCGCUGGGCGGCGCUGCCGCCGCCGUCGAAGGACCCGCGCCUGUCCAUGCUCGCCUUCGACCCAUCGUCGUCGUCGUCCGCCUCCUCGCGCCGCGGCGGCGGCGGCGGCUACCACGUCAUCAACUUCACGGGGCGGUGGCGCGACCGCGGCGGCGAGGUGGAGGUGUUCUCGUCGGAGACGCGGGCGUGGGCGCUGCGCGACGCCGAGUUCGGCGUGCCCGCGGCCUCGCUCUCGGGCUCCGUGCACUUCCACGCCGGCGCCGUCUACGUCCUGGCCUCCGACCCGGACUGCGUCGUGCGCAUGGACGUGGCCUCCGCCGGAAGCGGCGGCGACCUCGCGUGCGCGGUCGCCGAGCUUCCCGAGCAUGCGGACGGCGUCGACGGCCGCCUCGCGCACUCCGCGGGGAGGCUGCACUACAUGGCCAGCGACGGCGCGCGGCUGCUCAAGGUCUGGGUGCUCGACGGGGAGCUGCCUGCGCUGCGGUGGCGGCUGAAGCACGCCGUCAGGUUCGGCGACGACGUCGUGGAGGGAGGGCGAUGCUGCGGCGGCAGGCGGGGCGAGGUCAGGGUCCUGGCGCUGCACCCGGAGAAGGACGCCGUGUACGUGUGGUCGGCGUGGAAGCUCCGGCUCCUGGAGUACGACCUGGCGAGGAAGGAGGUCACCGGAGCGUGGACGUUGGGCGAGGGCGGCAGGAAUCGUGUCGUCAAGACAUGGCUUGUCCCGUCGUCGAUGUACCUGUCGGACUGUCUGCCUCUCCCUGAUGCUCACGUGAGGCAGUGCUGAGCGAGCGGUCAACUGCUACUGUGACUCUUUUUUUACGUGCCGCUAAAACUUCUUCCACUCGUGUUCUGCUCUGCUAUUCUGCUUGUUAAGCUGGCUGUUUUUUUUUACGUUGGCCGAUGCUUGUAACACAUACUUUUCGUUCUUUGGCUGAGCAUGCCUGGUUUUUUGUACAGAUAUGUUGCCCAUUGUUUCAAGCUCUUGUGACAAAGUGUAUCACAAAUCAGGGCCCUGCAAUCCCUGUUUCUUUC